GCCUGGCAGGAGGUGUGCGUCCGGCGGGUUGAAUGUCCACGCUGCGGUCUCUGCUGGGGCUUGGGCUACUGGUGGCGGGCUCACGCCUGCCACACGUCAGAGUUCAGGCCAACAUCUGUCGCGCGGGACCCACCUGGUGGGAGCCGCAGCGGUUGAGCUCAGGGGGCCGCGAGGACCCAGAAGUUAUGGCUAGUACCGCGGUGAGGUACUUGAGCCAGGAGGAGGCUCAGGCCGUGGACGAGGAGCUGUUUAACGAGUACCAGUUCAGCGUGGACCAACUUAUGGAGCUGGCUGGGCUGAGCUGUGCUACAGCCAUUGCCAAGACAUAUCCCCCUACGUCCAUGUCCAAGAAUCCCCCUUCUGUCCUGGUCGUCUGUGGCCCCGGGAAUAAUGGAGGAGAUGGCCUGGUCUGUGCGCGACACCUCAAACUCUUUGGAUACGAGCCAACCAUCUAUUACCCCAAAAGACCUAACAAGCCACUCUUUACUGCACUGGUGACCCAGUGUCAGAAAAUGGACAUCCCUUUCCUCGGUGAAAUGCCCCCAGAGCCCAUGCUGAUUGAUGAGCUAUAUGAGCUGGUGGUGGAUGCUAUCUUUGGCUUCAGCUUCAAGGGUGAUGUUCGGGAGCCAUUCCGCAGCGUCCUGAGUGUCCUGAAUGGACUCACUGUGCCCAUUGCCAGCAUCGACAUUCCCUCAGGAUGGGAUGUGGAGAAGGGAAAUCCUGGAGGGAUCCAGCCAGACUUGCUCAUCUCCUUGACUGCACCCAAAAAGUCUGCCACCCUGUUUACCGGUCGCUACCACUACCUGGGAGGUCGUUUCGUACCACCUUCUCUGGAAAAGAAGUACCGGCUGAAUCUGCCACAGUACCCAGGCACUGAGUGUGUAUAUCGUCUGCAGUGAGAAAAGCCUACCGCUUGCCGCAGUAAUUCGAAACAAUACGCCCCGGAGUCAGAGUCAGAAACAGCCUUCGUUCCCCAAACCCAGUGCACUCACAAAAUCGAGAAGGCGUUCAGUGGGAAUUGCUGUGACGGACUUAAAAAUGGAUACCUGUGGACAAAAUCAACUAGGUCCCAAGCUCUGCGCCGCAGUCUUUGUGAAGGCUGCGAGCACAUGUUCAGCAACUGUCUCUCUAGUCAGCCCAAGUUUUCUGGAGAAGUGGCCCCGGGCCGCUCUUUUUACUGAGGUUCUAAAGAGCCGACUAAAACUUUUCUCUCGGCUUCCUUCCUGUUGAGGUCUAAAUUCCAGCCCUCCCGCCGCAGUUUUACGUGGAGCACCAACUGUCGCCUCUCAAGAGACAGUAAGUAGCCCCUUACCGUCAGUCACUGCAAACCCCUCUCCGCAACACACGUGCCAGAUCCGACCGCUGAGCCGCCAUCUUCCCGGAAGUGGCGUUUCGGUCCUUCUAGGCUGUCGAAAACCAUAGAGAGGAACGCCGGAACCGAAGUCGCGGUCUUCCCGGGAGUAACAGUAUAGCGGUGGGCCUUCUUGCUGGUGUGUUUAUUAUAGAAACUCAGCCCCAGAGCGUAUGCGUUUCCGGAGGUUAUAAAGGUGUUCCACUCACCGCCCACCUGCGGUCCCUGAGCGACCAAGGCACUUACGUCCUAACUGGCCUUCUCGGGAUGCCGAAAACAGCCGUGGGCACACACAUGAGGAAGGAAGACUCGGGGAAGGACGUUGAGAGUCCCCUGAGAAAUGCUGGGAGGCCGAGAAGGAGAUAGCACCUCUGAGGUGAAUUUUGCAGGGGUAAACAUUUCCCCUGCUGGUACUAAUUGAUAAAAAGCUAGAGAUUAGGGGUUUCAGUAGGUUCAGCCAUUUUUUGACUCAACACUGUGUGCCAAUGAUGGGAGACUCAGAUGUUGGAAAAUAUUUAGUUUCCGGUGAUAGCUAAUAAGCUUUGUAGUCAGUGCAUGUAAAAAGCUGUCGUUUUGGGAACUGAAGGUAUGGCCCAUCUUGACUCCAGGAGACCAUAAGCAGUUCCACCUUCAUGCCUCAGGAGGACUGCAGGCAAUCAAGACUGUAGCUGAGCCUUUGUACUCCAGAGUGAGACACUCACUGCCCAGGACACAGAUGAAAGAAUGCUGCAGCUUUCAUCUGAUUAACUUCCCCCUUAAUUCCAAACCCCUUAUCUACACCUUUCUUCUUAUAAAAAGGGUCCGGUUUAAUACGGAAUUUAAGAUGGUCUGUUAGGGUACACACCCACCGUCUUCUUAGCUCGUGACCAUCUGAAUAAAGCGCUCACAAAGAUUCAAGCCCUGUCUCUGCUUACUGGGUCUGGUAGGUGAGAGGCAGCACGAAUGCUGGCUUUUCGGUUUCACUAGGACCUGCCCUUUUGGUACUGGUGAUACAAAUAUGCAUAAGACAGGAGCCCUAAUUGAGGGAGUACCUAAUCUAUUCAGGGAAAGUUGAGAUCUUGAGUGGGACUGGAGGAGGUUGGAGGUGGGGCAUGGAGAGAGAUGUACCAUCCCAGAAUGCAAGCCAGGCUGAGGGGCUUGGACUGUCCUGGAGCAGGGAAAGAAGAUAUUGCAAAGAAGACAGCAAGAGAGUUACAUAUGCCCCCCAUCUCUUAGCCUUCACUGAGCCACCCAAGAACUAAAAUCUGAAAAAAGUAUCUGUCAUUUGCCUCCCUAUAUCAGUAUUUAUGGUAAGUUAGUGCCUCCUAGGCACUGCAAAAAGGAAAAUUGCCAUUUCAUAGUACAGUGGAACCUAUGUUCUUGAACUUAAUUCAUUCCUAAAGACUUCGAGAAGUGAUUUGUUGGAAAACCGAAUCAUACUCAUACUCGCACAUUCUCUCCUUUGUUGCCUGAGAGAUGCAUGAAUGAUCAUAAAGGUAUCAGCGUGAAAGUGUUGUUGGGUCAAAAACCAAAGUUUUGUUUGACAACUGAGACAUUUUUUCCCCCAUGAACAACUUGGUUGAGAACCGAAUUGUUGGAAAUGGGAGAUGUUCAAGAACUGAGAUUUUUCCCUGGUUGUCGUGGCUCAGUGGACUGAGCACUGGCCUGCGAACUGAAAAGUCUCCAGUUUGAUUCCCAGUCAGGGCACAUGUCUGGGU